AUGUCUGACCUCGUAUCUCGCAUCCAGCCCUUCCUUGAGCCCGCACAGGCUCUCUUACAACGACACCCGCGCACCAUUGCUUCCACCACGCUUGCAGCUGUCCUUCUGCCGUGGUUCGUCGACAACUAUCGCAAAUGGAGAGACCUUGGAGGUUUGGGCUUGCCCAACUAUGUUGGCUGGCCGAUGGCAUUGUUAGCCAAGCCCUUUGGUCGUGAGACCACUUCGACCGGCAUGUAUGAUGCAAACCCCAUCAAGGGGAGCUGGCUGAAAGAUCCGGACACCAUCCCAGAGCGCAGGGGAGAUAGACCUAUCACAGGUUGGCAUUUCGUGCCUCACAGACAGCUGAACCGCAUCCCAACCGAAGACAUCAAGAAGCGCUUGAAAGAGAUCUUUGACAAGCACGCAAAAGCAAACUCUGACCUGGUCGAGGUCACCAUUUCCCCGCAUGAACAAGCUCAUGAUGGUCUUGUCAUUGCAUCUGCGCGGGCCACUCCUCAUGCUGUUGCCAAGCAUGCACUGAGAGAGAUCGCGCACUUCCACCAUGUCAAAGAUUACUCGAUGCACAUGGUCCUCGCACCGCAGGAUUGCAAACUCUUGAUUGAGCGAGGAUGGGCCGAACGGCACCCCAUUAGUGGGACUAUAGCGCUCCCUCAGGAGUAUUUGUUUGUGUAUGCGCCUCGUAAUGAAGAAGAGCUGGACGUAGUUGAGCGGAUUUUGGUGGCGGCUAUCGGUUACAUGACGGAUAGCAGGACCGUGAACUGA